UAGCUCAAGCUCAGAAUGGAUCUUGUAGACCUCUUCGUUCCCAACACCUUUCAGACUGCAGAGGAAAAGGGGCGGGGAUGAGAAGGAAGGCAUUUUCAGUUUGAGAAUGCUUCAGUGUGUGUUUGUGUGAGUCAAAAGUGUGGGUCCGCAGCUCUGCUUCAUUUUAUGGGAAAGUCAGUUUCCCACCAUUGUGUCCUCAGCGGUUGCCAGACACUGACAGGGCUGGUAGGCUGUGUGUGUGUGUGUGUGUGUGUGUGUGUUAGUGGAGAACAGACGCUGCUGGUUUCAGAGAGCAGCACAGGAAGAGGCAGAGUUCAGAUCGUGUUGGAGGUGAAGGAAGGCAGCUCUUCCAGAACUGUUCGACUGCCUUUCUGACCUGGUUUUAUUUUUCCAUUCUGUGGUUGUGGAGUGUUGACGUCCUGCUUUUGAUUUUGAGCGUGGCGGUUCCCGGCGUGGUCUAGCCAGAGCUGCUAUUGGCAGUGGCUGCAUGCCAUGGGCUGUGUCUUCUCCCUGCCAGAGGACAGGAGAGAUGCUGCUGAGAGAGCACCCGCCGCAAGAGAGACAAGUUUCAUCGAGAAAAUGAAGAAAACCGGAAAGAACAUCAUCGUGUUCUACGGCUCCCAGACGGGCACAGGAGAGGAAUUUGCAAACAGACUGUCGAAAGACGCUCAGCGCUACGGCAUGAAAGGAAUGGCUGCCGAUCCAGAGGAGUAUGAAAUGGCGGAGCUGGCCCGUCUCUCUGAGAUUGAAAACUCCCUCGCCAUAUUUUGCAUGGCCACCUACGGCGAAGGAGACCCAACAGAUAACGCCCAGGACUUCUACGACUGGCUGCAGGAAAUUGAUGAUGAAGACCUCUCCGGACUAAACUACACAGUAUUUGCUUUGGGCAACAAGACAUAUGAACACUACAACGCAAUGGGAAAAUACGUUGACAAAAGGCUGGAAGAACUCGGGGCAAAGCGGAUCUUUGACCUCGGUUUAGGGGACGAUGAUGGCAAUCUGGAAGAGGACUUUGUCUCCUGGAGAGAGCAGUUCUGGCCGUCUGUCUGCGAACACUUUGGAGUCGAAGCUUCAGGAGACGAUUCAAGCAUACGGCAGUACGAGCUGAAGGAGCACACGGACCUCAACAUGAACAAAGUCUACUCAGGAGAGAUGGGCCGCCUUAAGAGCUUCGAGGUCCAAAAGCCGCCCUAUGACUCGAAAAACCCUUUCCUGGCCCCAGUUACUGUCAACCGCAAACUCAACAAAGCCGGAGAUAGACAUCUUAUGCAUGUGGAACUGGACAUAACGGGAUCCAAGAUCAGAUACGACUCUGGAGACCACGUUGCUGUUUUCCCCACAAAUGACUCUGCAAUGGUGAACAAGUUGGGACACAUCCUUGGAGUGGACCUUGAUGUGGUUAUCUCUCUCAACAACCUUGAUGAGGAGUCCAACAAGAAGCACCCCUUCCCCUGCCCCACCAGCUACCGCACCGCCCUCACUCACUACCUUGACAUCUCGCAGCCCCCCCGCACCAACGUCCUCUACGAGCUGGCCCAGUACGCCUCGGACCCCAAAGACCAGGAGAAUAUGCGCAGGAUGUCCUCCUCCUCGCCUGAGGGCAAGGCCCUUUACCACAGUUGGGUGCAGGGAGCCUGUAGGAACAUCCUGGCCAUCCUGGAGGACAUGCCGUCUUUGAGGCCUCCCGUUGACCACCUGUGUGAGCUGCUGCCUCGUCUCCAGGCUCGCUACUAUUCCAUCGCAUCUUCCUCAAAGGUUCACCCUGACCGCAUCAGCAUCUGUGCGGUGGUGGUGGAGUACGAGACCCCGACGGGCCGCACUAACAAGGGAGUCGCCACCAACUGGCUGAAGAACAAACUGGUCACCGACAACGGACACAAGUCCACUGUUCCCAUGUUCAUCCGCAAGUCUCAGUUCCGCCUUCCCUUCAAAACAACCAACCCCGUGAUCAUGAUCGGCCCUGGGACAGGCAUCGCUCCCUUCAUGGGAUUCAUCCAGGAGAGAGGCUGGCUCAAAGAACAAGGAAAGGAGGUUGGAGAAACUGUGUUGUAUUUCGGCUGCAGAUAUAAGAACGAGGAUUAUAUCUACCAGGAGGAGCUGGAGGAAGCGGAGAAGAAAGGAGUUCUAACGCAGCUCAACGUCGCCUUCUCCAGAGACGAGGAGAAGAAGGUGUACGUGCAGCAUCUCCUGAAGAAUAGUAAGGAGCAUCUCUGGAAGCUGAUUCACUCAGACAACGCUCAUAUCUACGUCUGCGGGGACGCGAAGAACAUGGCUAAGGAUGUGCAGACGGCCCUCCAGGACAUCGCGGAGGAGCUGGGAGGCAUGACGCGCACACAGGCCACAGAUUACGUCAAGAAACUGAUGACCAAGGGACGCUACUCACAGGAUGUCUGGACUUAAAGAGCCUCAGACUCACUGCUCGAGUGGUUUUAAAUGUUCUAUUUUUAUUGUGUGUCUCGUUUUAUCAUGACUAAAUAUAAAACCAUUAAAGAAUUGUUCAUCUCCCUAGUCAAGGGAGCAACAGGUAGCACAUGAUUGUGAGGCAAACACUACCUCAGCAGGUUUUGUUGAUAAACACAUUCAGCAGUUUGAUCUGUAUUUCAUAAGUAUACUACAUUAUGUAUCUGGGAUGCAGCCUGUUUUAGGAGACAAAACUAUGGUCUGAUUUAAGAUCCUCUCAUAUACAUACAGGGAUAGUGGUGGUCUAAUGGAUAGUGAGGUGGGCUGAAGAUCGGAAGGUUGUGAGUUCAAAUCCCGCCAGGAACACCACCACUAGUGUGCCCUUGAGUAAGGCACUUAGCCCGUAGUUACUCCAGGGAGAAUGUCCCUGUGAUUGGUAAUUGUAUGUCGCUUUGGAUAAAAGCAUCAGCUAAAUGAAAUGUAAUACAUGAAUCGAUUUGUGUGAUUGGUUAUCAAACAUUAUGGACAUGUAGCUCUGAAUGUACAUGAUAUAAGUCCACUGUGAACAUGGAAAUAUUUCAAUCGGAAACAUAGAAGGUCCUUCAGUUUACCAUAUUUCUAACUUUAAUCUAACUGUUAUAACUCCUCAACUGGUAAUAUUGGAUUAUAUGUGAACAUUUGGAGCGUUGUCUGUUCCUGUUGCAAAGAGAGAAAAGGGACGCUUUAUACAUGAUAGGGUGCUAACUUCAGUUUCUUUCAGAGCUCUUCCUGUAGUACUUCGGAAAUAACUUUAAAUAUAAUAAAUGUUUUAGAACAUAUAUGAACAUUUGGUAAGGAAACUUGUUGAUAUAAGAAACUAGCCUCAUUGGUACAAUUAUGCUAAGUAUGCCAUUAUCUUUGGAAGAGAUUGUGCCUGAUAUGCAAACAUUGCUGUUGAUUUUAAUCAGUGACAGUAAACUUUGGAGAGGUACAAAAAGUGAUGCAAAUGAAAAGAUAAUUUAUAGAAAAAUGCACGUCAGCAUGUGCAACUUUCAUUUCAUUUAAUUUCAAACCUUUAUUUAUCCAGGUUGUAUCCCAUUGAGAUCAUUGAUCUCUUUUUCAAGGGAGACCUGCUCAAGUAGGUUCCACAUGAAACAUUAAAAACUUAUUUUCCAUAAAAGCAGGUCUUUAAAAGUAAUGAAAAAUGAACUGUAGGUUCCCUGUAAUAUUUGUAAAAUGUUCAUUUGAAAUGUUGUCUUGGAAAUCAUAUCUGGCCUCCCAAAUGGUGGUUGUUUGCAAAGUAUGAAAUGUUAAUUUUGUCUUAUCACAUUAUGCACCACUACAUGGAGAAAAUGACCGAGAAAUAUCAGGACAGUUCAUGCAUCUCCCAGAUUCUGUCAGCCGGUGCUCAUCUCAAUCUUUUUGUGUGAAUACAAGGAGUUUGAAGAUGUCAGCGGACCAUUUGAAGUGCAGCCUGUGCCUUUUUUACACUGCCUUAUGUAAUAAGUUAGCAUAUAAAACCCUGACGCUCUACUAACUUGAUAACGUGUCUUCGUCUAUGCUUUCAUUGUGGUAGAAAGUCACUUUAGCCAGUACUGUCACUUAUUUGUCAUUCCACUUUAUGAUGUAAUUAUUUGAUAUUUUCAAGGCAUGCAUUUUUUUAAUGAAUAAAAUUGGAAUAAUUUA